ACAUAGCGCCCCCCACAGUCACCGCGCUGCUCAGCCGGGCUACUCUGACGGACCCGAUCAGCCGUACACUGCCAGCUCCUGGCUCUUACUGCGCAUGCUCCCUGGAUGUAAGGGAAGAGGGUGAAUGUUUCCCAAGUGCUGGAACUUGCUGCCAGUCACAGUGUAUGUGCCUGGCGCCGUGCUUGUAGCGCACUCACUUGUGACACGGAGGGUCAGUCACCGAGCUGUGGGUCUGAUCUCCCUGCCCGGCCCCGGGUGCAGAGCGCUUCCAUUAUAUUAUCCCCAUCAUCAGUCACCACCAGCGCUGCUGCUGCUGCAGCAUUCCCCGGCGCUGCCGGCCCUCCCCUCUGCCCGCCCCCUUACACACACACACACACACCCCACACUGACUGCCUCCUUCCCGAGUUGUUGCCCAGAAAGACAGCCAUUCAAUCAGCUGCUCACACUGCCGGACUUUCUUCGCUCCAAGCCGCGCUCUCUGCUGCUCGGCUCCGGCAUCCCCUGGCUGCUAGACGUCGCCUGUCUCCUGCCCAGCCAGCAGCUUACCGGAGUGGAUCGCUUUGUACAGCCGUGCCCCCAGGACUGUGGUGCAUGCCCAGCCGGGGUCGGGGAGACAGCAUUCAUCUCUCCCCCUGGCAGUAGGUGGGGGCCCCCCGGAGGGACAGACCCUGGAGCUGGCAGGAGCCCGCUGGGGCUUUGCUGGAGACUGGAGUAGCACAAGAUGCUGAACCCGAGCAACGGAGACCAGACCCACAUGGUGACCUAUGUGGAGGAUUACUUGGACUCCAUCGAGUCUCUGCCGUUCGACUUGCAGAGAAAUGUCUCCCUGAUGCGGGAGAUUGACGCCAAGUACCAAGAGAUCCUGAAGGAGUUGGAUGACCAUUAUGAAAAGUUCAGACAUGAAUCUGAUGCAAUACAAAAGAGACGCAUACUGCAGUUCAUCCAAAGAGCUCUUAUUCGUAGCCAAGAGCUUGGCGAUGACAAAAUUCAAAUAGUUAGCCAGAUGGUGGAAUUGGUAGAAAACAGGACAAGGCAAGUAGACAGUCAUGUGGAACUCUUUGAAACAUGCCAAGAUCUGAAUGACAGUACGAGUAAUAGCAGCAAAAAUACACAGGAUAAGUCCAAAAAUGAGGCUGUCUCUCAGACUGAGAAAGCCAGCAAUAAGAGAUCACGGAGACAGAGAAACAAUGAAAAUCGGGAAAAUUCGACUAUUAAUCAUGAUCACGAUGACCUUUCAUCUGGGAUGCCCAAAGAGAAGAAGGCAAAAACGUCAAAGAAGAAAAAGAGAUCCAAAGCUAAAGCUGAAAGGGAAGCAUCUCCUGCAGAUCUUCCUAUUGACCCAAAUGAGCCAACCUAUUGCCUGUGUAACCAAGUUUCUUAUGGUGAAAUGAUUGGCUGCGAUAAUGAAGAAUGCCCAAUAGAAUGGUUCCACUUUUCUUGUGUUGGACUCAAUCAUAAACCAAAGGGAAAAUGGUACUGUCCAGAGUGUAGAGGGGAAAAUGAGAAAACCAUGGGCAAAGCACUUGAGAAAUCUAAAAAAGAGCGGGCUUACAACAGGUAGUCCACAGACACUUGCCACAGGAGAGGAUGAAGGAAAUAUGAGGAAAUGUAUUUAUUGUCCAGACACCUUGUGAAGGUGAUAAGGAUUGCAUACUGUAUAUUUUUUAUCUAGGGAUACACCCAUUCUGGUUGUAGUGACAGCAAUAACAUUACUUUUUCCCCUUUUUGAUAUAAGGUCUGACCGUGAAUUGUCCAUGAAUCUACCAAGUGAGCUGGUUAUUGUCCAUGCCAUGCAUGUAUUCUCAGACUCCGUGUUUCCAGCCUUCCAGCCACAGAUGAGGACUAAUACUGUAUCCGUUGUGGUGGCUGUUUAAUGCACUUCUAAAACUACAAGCACUAUAUCCACACACUUGUUUUCAAACAAAUUGUCACCUAGACACAGCUAUGAUCUGUCCCCUACCUUAUGGCAUACCAUCAUGUGACAUUAUUUUAUUGUAUUGGUCUCUAAGUUUUGGCUUUUGUCAAUAGCCACUUUUUUUUUUAAUUUUUUCUUUCUUUCAGUAUGUCAUGGCUUCAACAUUGUAUUGGCAUGGGAAGGAUAAAGGUCAAGCUUGUUCUGUAGCUAUAUUAUUAUUCCAGGAAUGGAAAAUUCACAACAAGUAUCUUAUUUUUUAAAAGAAUGCAAAAGGUUGCAUUUUACUUGGCGGAUAUUUUAUACUGUAUUCUGGCCUGGAAACCAGGAGAGGCCAUUUUAAAAUAAUUGACUGUUUUUUUUCUAUUGAACCAAACAGUGGUUUAGUAAUAAUACACACCAAUCAAGCUUUAUACAGUCACAGGUAAUAGUGAAGCAAUCCUAAUUUGUAUAAAUGUACAUUUAAAGUGACAUUGCACUUGUAUUAUAAUUGGAAAUGCAGCAAAUGCCAUUGUAUAACCAAUGUGCAUUUCCUUAUGUAUGUAUGUAUGUAUGUAUGUAUGAAGAUUGUACAGCUGUGAUACUUAAAAUAAAUACAGAUCUAUGGAAAAA